AUGCCAUUCAGACUCGGCCAGAUGGCUCUUACCGAGCACGACUCCAGAGAAUUUGGAGUCGAAGACUUGCUCCUCUUGCCGACUCUAAGCCAGGAAACUAUUGUGAACAAUCUACAUUUGAGAUUCUCUAAAGCCCGAAUUUACACCUACAUUGGAGAAGUGCUCGUAGCAGUAAAUCCCUACCGCAAUCUUCCAAUCUAUGACCAGAAAAAUGUGGAAAAUUAUAAGAGUCGAGAAAUUUAUGAAAGGCCUCCUCAUGCAUUCGCCAUUGCCGAUGCUGCAUAUCGCUCAAUGAAACGAUAUGGAAGAGAUGUUUGCAUCGUUAUUUCAGGCGAAUCCGGUUCUGGAAAGACUGAAACUAGCAAAAUUAUUAUGCGAUACCUGGCGGCUAUUACCAAUGUUAACCAGCAAAAAGAAAUUGAAAGGGUCAAGAACGUCUUACUGCGAUCAAACUGCAUCCUUGAAUCGUUUGGUUGUGCGAAAACCAAUAGAAAUGACAAUUCGAGCAGAUUUGGCAAAUAUAUGCACAUCAAUUUCAAUUACAACGGUGACCCUGUCGGAGGUAACAUCUCCAAUUACCUACUGGAAAAGUCGCGAGUCGUUCGACAGCAGAAAGGUGAAAGAAAUUUCCAUUCAUUCUAUCAUCUUCUGCGUGGAAGUGACGGGGGUAGACUAAGCAAAUAUGGAUUGGAAAACGAUCCGAAAAAAUACUUCUACACUAACCAAGGACAAAGCGAAAAAGUUGCUUCUAUCGACGAUGUCCGCGAUUUCAGAGAAGUACAGACAUCUUUCAGGACUACUGGUUUCAGUGAUGCCGAAAUUGACCAGCUAUGGUCAGUGGUUGCUGGUAUAAUACAUCUGGGCGAUGUGGCUUUUGUUGAUUCCCAAUCAUAUCAAGCCGGCUGUCAUGUGGCCAAUCAAAAUGUUCUCCAAAAUGCCGCUAAAUGUCUGUCAGUCACUCCUCAAGAACUACAUAAUGCGCUGACUUCUCAGGUGAUCGCCGCUCGCUCGGAUGUUGUGGCAAAGAGUCAUGACACAAAUGCGGCUCUAUAUACUAGAGAUUCUCUAGCUAAGGCUGUCUACGAUCGUCUCUUCUCCUGGAUAGUGCAGAAAAUCAACCGCUCAAUCGCUGUCGAAAAGAGGUCCAUCUACGAAAGCGGUACCGUGAUCGGCGUUUUAGACAUCUACGGAUUUGAGAUUUUUGGCACAAACAGUUUUGAGCAACUUUGUAUCAACUACUGUAAUGAGAAACUGCAACAGUUAUUUAUCGAGUUGGUACUGAAGCAAGAGCAGGAGGAGUAUGAACGAGAAGGAAUUCAGUGGUCAAAGAUUGAUUAUUUCAACAAUAAGAUCAUUUGUGACCUAGUGGAGGAGCCAAAACGUGGAAUUUUAGCUGUCUUAGAUGAUGCCUGCGCUAACGUCGGAAAAGUCACUGAUGAAAUAUACUUGGAAGAGCUGAACAAAAAACUGGGCUCGCACAGGCACUUUACCAGCCGAGGUCUAAAGCAAACCGAUAAAUCUAUGAAUUACGAUGAGUUCAAGAUCACGCACUAUGCCGGAGAUGUUACUUAUUCUGUGAACGGAUUCAUGGAUAAGAACAAAGACACACUGUUCCAGGACCUGAAGAGGUUGAUGUACAAUAGUCAGAAUCCAUUGCUCAAAGAGAUCUUCCCGGAUGGAUCAAAGAAACUGACAGAGGUGAAUCGACGACCACCAACGGCUGGGUUUAUGUUCAAGAACUCUAUGCAAGGACUUGUGGAACAACUUGCCAGCAAACAGCCGUUCUAUAUUCGAUGUAUAAAACCAAAUGAAGAGAAGAGCAGCAGCAUAUUCGACGAUAAAAGGGUCGAUCAUCAGGUCCGUUACCUCGGUCUUCUUGAGAAUGUUCGCGUCCGCCGUGCAGGAUUCGUUCAUCGAUGCACUUAUGAACGUUUCCUAAACAGGUUUAAACUGAUAUGCCCCGAAACAUGGCCGAAUCCACGUAGUGGCUCACCUCGCGAUAACUGUGAGAAAAUCAUGAGAUUCGCUCACUUGGAAAACGAUUGCAAAUAUGGAAAGACAAAAAUUUUCAUUCGAAGUCCACAGACUGUGUUCCGAUUGGAAGAACUACGUAGCGAGAGGAUUCCUCAUAUCGUUGUCUUGAUACAGAAGAAUGUGCGCGGUACUUUGGCAAGACGACGUUACGAGAGGAUUAGAGCUGUCUAUAGAAUCAUGGGAGCAUACAGACGUUACAAACUUCGUAGUUACCUUAUGAGCAUCAUCAAUGCAUUCCGCGGUGUCCGAGAUAUGCCAGAUCUUGGAAAGAGCGUCGUUUGGCCUAAGCCACCUGUUGUUCUGGUUCCAUUUACGGAGAAGCUCAAAGUUAUGCAUCAACGAUGGCGUGCCGCUACAAUACUCGCCAGAAUGCAACAAAGUUUGAAAGAGUCCUUCAACGAGAAGCUGGCAGCGUAUGCAGUUUUGAAUGGAAAGCGAGAGCGUUGGGGUUAUACAAGAUCAUGGAAGGGAGACUACUUAUCACAGAGUGAAGAACCAACAUACAAUCCGAUCAAAUAUCGUGCUGCAAUGCUCGCCUUGAAGAACACAAAUCCUUACGAAAAAAUUCUUUUCAGUACAUUCUUCCAGAAGUUUAACCGUUACAACAAAUCUUCGUUGCGAGCGUUGGUUGUUACCGAUCAAUUCGUCGCCAAGCUGGACGCUAUCAAUUUCAAACUGCUCAAGCCCGUGAUUCCAUUAAAAAAUAUUACUCAAAUUUCCGUUUGUCCAGAGCCAAAUGGUCUAUUUAUAAUCCAUAUCGCUGACAAUGACAUCAUCGGAUGUAUGAAAAAUCCUAAGGAUGAGGAGCGAGUCGGGGAGCUUGUGGGCGUAAUACUGGCCCAAUUUGAGAAAGAUAAACUAAAGCCGCCAAAAGUUGACGUCUCACCAGCGUUGAAUGUCUGUCUUGGAGGAAAAUGGCGAGCCGUAAAGAUCUUCCCAGCAGAUGCCACACAGCAAGCGGUGUUCAAGAAGAAUGGCAAUGAUAUUGAUUUGAUUUGUCACAAUUUGACCGCAGCCUAAUGGGCCCCUCAAAAUUGGGCACUUUGUGAUUUCUCUUGUAGAGAAACCUCCCCCAGUAUUAUUUACUGUAAACUUCAGGAAGAAUGUUGCUGUGUAAAUAAUCUGUCAGGUGUUUCGUACUAUUUCGCUUUUGUAAGUGAAAUUUGAAUGAUAGGAAGAAAUCUGAACGGUUAAGGGAGUAACUGCAAUGUUGUGAUUGUCUCUUGACUACUUACAUAGGCAAAGGAUAGGUUCAAGUUCUUAGGGUCCUCAUACUUAAGCAUGUUAAAUAGUUUUAAGCACACAGAUGCCUUGGUUUUUCGAAAAAGUAACUUGUCUCCAAUUGCUCUCAUCGUCUCGACAUACCUUUAAUCCAAUCUCCACGAUGAUUUCGCGUGAAACUGUUUAUAUGCUCCGUAGAAUUGCCAUUUACCUUUUCCAUAUGUGCACUUUGGAAAUUUGAGUCAUAUUGGCUUUUAAAUCAAAUUCUAGUCUUUAAAAAUGUAAUUUUUAUUUAUUUGCCCACGAAAUCCGGUCAUGAAUAAAUAUAAAAU